AUGUCUCCACAAGGUUCAACCAGAACCUUAGCUCUUUCUUUUGUACUGAUAAGCAUUCUCUUCCUUGGCCAAACCGAAGCCCAUAUUUGGUACUGCCCACCUCCACCACGACCAGUGUGCCCACCGCCACCUAGAUGUCCACCAAUACCGAAGUGUCCCCCGAUAACGGUGUGUCCACCACCAUUUCCGCCUCCACCAACAACAUCACCACCGCCUCCACCACCCGUGACUCCAUACACUCCACCACCUCCGGUGACUCCACCACCAGAGACUCCCCCACCAAAAACUACACCACCUCCUCCCCCAAAAACUCAAACUCCACCAUCCGAAACUCCACCUCAGGAGACUCCACCACCAUUAACUCCACCAUCACCAACUCCACCUCCACGGAAUCCACCAACAUACUCUCCACCACCUGAAACCCCACCUCCAGAUACUGUACCACCCGUAACUCCACCAUCACCUGUUAUUGUAGACCCCGGGGUUCAGCCACCCGUGCUUCCGCCUUCGACAAAUCCACCUCCAAAGACUCCACCUCAAAAGUCUCCACCACCUGAAACUCCACCUCCUGAGACUCCACCACCGGUAACUCCACCUCCCAAGACACCACCUCCAGAGAUUUCACCACCCGAGACUCCACCUCAAAAGUCUCCACCACCCGAAACUCCACCUCAUAAGUCUCCACCACCCGAAACUCCACCUCCUGAGACUCCACCACCGGUGACUCCACCUCCAAAGACACCACCUCCAGAGACUCCACCACCCGAGACUCCACCUCAAAAGUCUCCACCAGUACCCAAAACUCCACCACCUGAGACUCCACCACCAGUAACUCCACCUCCCAAGACACCACCUCCAGAGAGUCCACCACCCGAGACUCCACCUCAGAAUCUCCACCACCCAAAACUCCACCCCCUGAGGACUCCACCACCAGUAACUCCACCUCCCAAGACACCACCUCCGGAGAGUCCACCACCCGAGACUCCACCUCAAAAGUCUCCACCACCCAAAACUCCACCACCUGAGACUCCACCACCAGUGACUCCACCUCCCAAAACACCACCACCAUACACUUCGCCACCCGUUAGUCCACCACCAUACACUCCACCUCCGACGAUUCCACCACCAGAGACUCCUCCACCCAAAACAACACCACCUCCUCCCCCAAAAAUCAAAUCACCAACACCACCACCCCAAACUCCACCACCUCCUCCAUACACCUACCCACCACCUCCUCCACUUCCCAAAUGUCCAAGAAAUGCCGCCCAAGUAAGGCAAUGUUCCAAUGUCCUAAGAAUUUCUGGCAACUUCCUAGACUUCAGAAGGGCACAACCAUGUUGUUCUCUUAUCCGCAAUCUAUCUGAUGCUGAUGCAGCUAGUUGUUUAUGUGAUUUGGUAAGAGCACGACGUUCAACUCUUUCUCCCAAUAUAAUUAUCCUAUGUAAGGCUUGUGGCCGCAGGAUUCCUAGAGGCUUUACCUGCCCAUAAUACCUUGAUAUACUAAAAUGUACUCACAACUUAGUCGACAAAUAAAUCUACAAAUAAAGGUUAAUAAAUUUUAUACUUUCUACCUAUGAUAAUGUAAUAGAAUUACAUCAAUAAAGUUCAUUUCACGUUUA